GCACUUUGGGGCUCCUCGGGAGGAGUUUUUGUCCUGCCCUGGGAUCGCGGCUGGGGCUGGAGAGGACCCGGAGGCCCCGCUCCCGCCUCCAUUGGGGAAUUCGAGCCCCGACUUCCCCAAUUCCGCCCCGAUUCCAAAGGUUUGUGCACACAAGCACCGCGGGGAGGUCUCCGGGGCGGACCCGCAGAACCAGGAAACGCCGAGCCAAAACUUUAACCCUAAAUCUGGGAAAAGGCUCGUUCCCUGCCCCGGAGCCCACGAAAUCCCUGGAAAAGCUUCGGGAGCGGGAGGUGGCACCUCCUGGCACCUCCCGGCACCUCCCGAGCCCCGCGCAAAGGUCCCGGUUCCGCCCGUUUGUUCAAACAAACGCGUUCCCGGCGGGACGAGCCCCCGGGAAUAUCCAGAGGGAGCGCUCGGCUCUGGGGGAAUUCGGGAUUUUCCCGGAGUUUCUGCUGGCCCGGCACCCCCGGCCGAGGCUGCGGGAGCUUCCCGCGCUCCCGGAGCUUUUCCAUGAUCCCGGAUAUUCCCGGAAAUGAAAUCCCGCCUGGAUCCGGCUGUGCUGGGCUGGCCCGAGCUGACCGGGCUGGGAAUGUAAAAACAGGAAAACGGCUGAGCUCAUCCCAGCUCAUCCCAGCUCAUCCCAGUCCCCUCCCUGUCCCCAGCGGGCGUCCGGCCCUGAGCGGCACCGGGACCCCCCCCCCCGAAAACCUGGAGCUCCCCGAGAGCCUGGAGCCCCCCCAAAUCCUGGAGCCCCCCCACAUCGCCCCCGGGCCCUGCGGGGGGGUCCCCGCGGGGGUCCCGCCCCCGAGGCGCCGCUGCGUGUCCGUCCUGGAGCCCGGCACGGCCUGGGAUGAGGAGGAGGAGGAGGAGGAGGAGGAGGAGGAAGAGCGGGGCCCCGCGGUGUCCCUGCGGAGAUCCGGGACGCUCCGGGGCUCCCUGGACCCUUUCCGCCGGCACAGCUGGGAGCCGGGGAAGGAGCCGCGGGGCAUCCCGGGCUACGACCAGCUCAGCGGGAGCCCCGAGCUCGGCUCCAGCGCGGAGCAGCUGGGGGGGCUCUGGCGGCACCGCCGGGACCCCCGGAGAGCCCCCCUGGUGCACAGCAGCGACGAGCUGGACUCGCUGCUCUCGCAGGACGAGGAGGACGAGGCCGAUGUGAGGCGGGCACAGGAGGACGCGCGGAGGCUCCCGGCGCCCCUGGCCUGGCCCCGCUCCCGGGGCUGGUCCCGCUCCAAAUCCGCGUCGCUCGGUGUCAUCGCCAGUGUCCCCGGCGAGGAGGCUGCCAAAAUUCCCCCGUUCGCCUCCCAGCAGAGCCUGGUCAGCGGGUGAGUCCCCUCCGUGUCCCCUCCGUGUCCCCUCCGUGUCCCCUCCUGGCCCCGCGCUGUCCCCUCCCCGCUCCUGUCACAGCCCAUUCCCGUCCUCAUUAGGGAACGUUCCCGGGAACCGGCACCGGGAGCUGGCCCGGAGCCCCGGGGGACCGGGAUGGGACAGGGAUGGG